AUGAUGGCCCAGGAUGCGGCCAAACAAUACCACGAUGCCAUCCGCAAACAAAAGAAGAAGCACUGGAACGAUUUUCUCGCAGACAACGACAACAUCUGGAAAGCCGCCAAGUACCUCAAGUCGGGGGACGACGCCGCGUUCGGGAAGAUUCCGCAGCUCCUCAGAGCAGAUGGAACUACUACCAACGAUCACAAGGAGCAAGCGGAGGAACUGCUAUCCAAGUUCUUCCCGCCUUUGCCAGAGAACAUCGACGAGGAAGGAGUGAGACCACAAAGAGCGCCUGUAGACAUGCCAGCCGUCACUAUGGAGGAGAUAGAGCGGCAGCUGUCAGCGGCCAAGUCGUGGAAGGCACCUGGUGAAGACGGCCUACCGGUGAUCGUUUGGAAGAUGACGUGGCCCACAGUCAAGUACAGGGUCCUCGAUCUUUUUCAAGCCUCGUUGCAAGAGGGCACAGUGCCAAGACAGUGGAGACACGCGAAGAUCAUACCGCUCAAGAAGCCGAACAAAGAUGAUUACACCAUUGCAAAGGCAUGGAGGCCUAUCUCACUCCUUGCGACACUCGGAAAGAUACUCGAAUCGGUGGUCGCAGAGAGGAUCUCGCACGCGGUGGAGACGCAUGGACUGCUCCCGACGAGCCAUUUUGGGGCCCGAAAGCAGCGGUCCGCAGAGCAAGCACUGGUGUUCCUGCAGGAGCAAAUCUAUGCGGCGUGGCGCGGCCGGCGAGUGCUGAGCUUGAUCAGCUUCGAUGUCAAAGGAGCCUACAACGGAGUAUGCAAAGAACGACUGCUCCAGAGGAUGAAAGCCCGAGGCAUACCACAGAUCCUGCUUCGUUGGGUUGAGGCCUUCUGCUCGGAACGAACGGCGAACAUCCUGAUCAACGGGCAAGUAUCUGAAACUGAAAGCUUGCCACAAGCCGGGCUGCCGCAGGGCUCGCCCCUGUCUCCAAUUCUAUUUCUUUUCUUCAACGCAGACCUCGUGCAAAGACAGAUCGACAGCCAGGGAGGAGCAGUCGCUUUCGUGGAUGAUUUUACCGCGUGGGUGACCGGUCCGACCGCGCAGAGUAACCGGGAAGGAAUUGAAGCCAUCAUCAACGAGGCGCUCAACUGGGAAAAGAGAAGUGGAGCGACCUUUGAAGCGGACAAGACGGCUAUCAUACACUUUGCUCCCAAGAUGCGCAAAUCGGACCAUGAGCCGUUCACCAUCAAGGGGCAGACGGUGGUACCAACAGACCACGUCAAGAUCCUGGGUGUCGUGAUGGACACAAGACUCAAGUACAAGGAAAAUAUUGCGAGGGCAGCGUCCAAGGGUCUUGAAGCAGCGAUGGAGCUUCGGCGACUCCGUGGUCUAUCCGCAGCGACUGCGCGGCAGCUCUUCACGUCAACGGUGGCACCGGUCGUAGACUACGCCUCCAAUGUCUGGAUGCACGCAUGCAAGGAUAAGGGCAUGGGACCAAUCCACCGAGUCCAGAGAGUAGGCGCACAAGCCAUUGUGGGGACAUUUCUUACGGUCGCGACUAGUGUCGCAGAGGCGGAGGCUCACAUAGCUACUGCGCGGCGUCGAUUCUGGAAACGAUCCGUGAAAAUGUGGACAGACAUCCACACCUUGCCGGGAACCAACCCUCUCCGCCGGUGUACAGAUCAGAUCAGAAAGUUCAGAAGAUACCACCGCUCACCGCUGUAUCAUGUAGCCGAUGCGCUUAAGCACAUCGACAUGGAGACUUUGGAGACGAUUAACCCCUUCACGCUUGCCCCGUGGGCGGAACGCGUGCAGACCGAUGGUGGUGAACAGCUUGAGGGCCCGGCCGAAGCGGGCGGGUGCAUGCAGGUCGCGGUUAGCAGUUCGGCACGGAACGAGCUGGUGGGUUUUGGAGUGGCCCUCGAGAAGCGACCACCUCGAAAUCGAAAGCUCAAACACAAAACGCUAUCCAUCACCUUGGCCGCAAGAGCAGAGCAGAAUCCAUUCUCUGCGGAACUGGCAGCCAUGGCACACGUAUUGAGCACGGUGCCAGGGCUGAAAGACUACAGGAUCACACUGCUCACAAGCAACAAAGCGGCGGUUCUCACACUCAGAAACCCUCGACAGCAAUCUGGCCAGGAAUUUGUCUGUCGGAUAUACAAGUUGAUUAAAAGGUUGCAGAGAAACCGAACCCAUGUUCAAUUUCGCUGGGUUUCUGCCAGUGAAGACAACAAGCUGCUAGGCCUGGCUAAAGUACAGGCUAGAGCCGCGACACAAGAAGACGCCCUCCUACAAGAAAGCGCCCCAAGGAUGAAAUCGACCACACUGAAUCUCGCACGGUCUCAAGCAGUCCCCAGAAAUACCCUGCCAGCGGACGUCGGAAAGCACGCCAAACUAGUAGAUGCAGCACUUCCAGGAAAACACACGCGACUGCUGUAUGAUCGCUUGUCAUGGAAGGAAGCGACCGUGCUAGCCCAACUCCGGACGGGCAUGGCGAGACUGAAUAGAUACCUCUAUCGAAUCAACGCGGCCGCCACUGAUCAGUGUGCAUGCGGACAGGCCAAGGAAACUGUGGAGCACUUCCUCUUUCGAUGUCGGAAGUGGACCGCACAUCGGACGGAGAUGCUACAAUGUACCGACAUCCACCGAGGGAAUCUAUCCUUCUACCUGGGAGGGAAGUCGCCCUCCGACGAUCAAAGGUGGACGCCAAACUUAGAGGCAGUACGGGCCUCAAUACGAUUCGCCAUAGCCACAGGCCGCCUCGAGGCCACUUAA